AUGGCCGCCUCCGUUGGGUUGUGUACGCGGAGGAUCUUCCGGGUUUUUUAUACAAAUGUUUACCUUUCGGCCAGUGCAGUUUGGCCUGGGUCUGUCCACGGUCGAGCUCCACAUACUACCCGCUCUCUGAGCCAAGAGGCCGGCGACAGGAGCACGCAUUUCGGCUUCGAGACUGUGCAAGAGGAGGAGAAGGCGAAGAGAGUUUACCAGGUGUUCGAGAACGUUGCUCAGAAGUACGAUGUGAUGAACGAUGCCAUGAGUUUGGGCGUUCACCGACUGUGGAAGGACAUUCUGCUGCACGCUAUGAACCCACAGCCUGGGGCUCGGCUGCUGGAUGUGGCUGGAGGCACAGGUGAUAUUGCUUUCCGUUUUCUGGAAUACAUAAAGUCCCAGGAGGAUAAGAUGAGAAAGAGAGAGGCAAGAUCUAUGCAGACCCCCUCCUGGCAGGACAUUUCUACAAAUUAUUUAAAUGAACAAGGAGAAGAGCCUAAAGAAUCCACAGCUGUGGUGUGUGACAUCAACAAGGAGAUGCUCAAAGUGGGCAAACAGAAAGCGGACAGCAUGGGCAUCGUUUCUGGUCUGUCGUGGGUGGCAGGAGAUGCUGAGGAGCUUCCCUUCGGUGAUGAUGAAUUUGACAUUUAUACUAUUGCUUUUGGGAUUCGCAAUGUCACUCACAUAGAGCAGGCUUUACAAGAGGCUCAUCGGGUCCUUAAACCUGGUGGAAGGUUUAUGUGCCUGGAAUUCAGCAAAGUGUCUAAUCCCCUUUUAUCAACGAUUUAUGAUACUUACAGUUUCCAAGUCAUUCCUGUUUUGGGAGAAGUUAUUGCUGGAGACUGGAAAUCUUACCAGUACUUGGUAGAGAGCAUCAGAAAGUUCCCGGACCAGGAAGAUUUCAAGGGUAUGAUUGAAGAUGCUGGUUUCUACUGUGUGAGCUUCCACAACCUGACCGGAGGAAUCGUCGCUCUUCACUCUGGCUUCAAGUUGUGA